AAAUAAUUAUUUUACAACGAUAAUAUUUAUUUUUAUUUUACAUAUAUUUAUCAAUUUUUUUUUUGAUUAUUUAAAAAUUUAAUUAAAAAUAAAUUAAAGGUGUAUUGAUGCAGGAUGUAUGUAAGGUUUUGAUGAUUAAAUCAAGCCCAGUAAGACAAUUGCUUGAAUCACAAUUUGGAAUUGAAGAAGACAAUGAAAUUAUAAAAAAUUUAAAUUCAAGAGAAGAUAAAUUAAUCGAUGAUAAUGAAAAUAAUGAAGAUAAAAAAAAUGAAACAACAUUAAUGUUAUUUUCUGAUAGUGAAAAUAAUUCCACGAUGAUGUCAAUGGAUAAUUAUUUUUCAUCAUUGAUACAGCCAUUUAUACAGAAAUUAAAAUUUUCACCAAAAGUAUUUUUUCAAGACCAGCUUAAAUCAUUAAAAAAUUUAUUGAAUAAUUAUAAAAUUGAUGAGGUAAAAAAUUUAACAAGAUCUAAAAGACAAUUGUCAAUUAAUUCUGGUUUGUUGCAUUUAAUUGGACUUGAAGAUCAUGGAUUUUAUACUGACAGACUAGAACCACAAGGUUUACUUGGUGGUAAUGGAUGGUUUUCAAAUAAAGGUGGUUUACUUGGUGGUCCAGGUGCAAUAUUUUCAACUGGAUCAGUUCUAACAGAUUAUCCAUCACCUUACUAAAUACCGCAUUACUAAUAUUAAAAUUAAUUAAAUUUUAUAAAUCAGGGUUUAGGAAAAUAACAUUUUUAUUAUUCAAUUGAAGUAUAAUUAUUAAAUGUAAUUAUUUAAAUGAGAUAUAAUUUUUUACUUGGCUAUUUCUUGGCAGGCUUUUGUUGAUUAAAUUGUUGAAGAUUUUUCAAGUGCCGAACGUGCAAUUUUAGAUGAAAAUUUUCUUAAGAAUGACAUUAUUUUGGAGGAUUGUUGAAUCACAAUUUUAAUGAUGAUAAAUCUGCAAGAAAAUAAUUAAGGAAAAAUAAAAAAUUAUCAAGGAUUUUGGUAACAAAGAAGUACAGUCAUUUUGAAAUUAUUUAUAUAAAUUAUCUUGUUGCAUCAUUAAGCGGAAUUGAUUUGGUUUAUUUUUAAAGCACGUUCAAUACUGAAUAAUAAAAAUAAAAAAUAAAAUAUAUGCUAAAUAAUUAUUGAUUACUAUCGUAAUGAUA